UGCGGCUCUACCCACACGACGCACGCAUCCGACUGGAGCAGACGGGCAGACGCGUGGGGAGGCGGCGCAAAACCCUCCUCCUCGCACGCCCCACCUCCACCGGCCGCCGCCGAUCGCCGGAGGUCAUUGCACUUGUCCCUCCUCUCUGAAAAUGGGCUCUAGUUCAGAAGAUGAUUACGAAAUUAGUGAUUCUGAGAUUGAUGAGCGUGAAGCCGAGGUUUAUGAACGUUUGAAAUCAGGAGAUAUAAAAGUGAAGGAUCGUGGGACCUACAGUUGUCCAUUCUGCAGGGAGAAAAGGAAAAAAGAUUACAGCAUGAAUAACCUACUUCAACAUGCCACAGGAGUAGGUUCAGCAGCUAAUCGACAAGCAAAAGACAAGGCAACCCACCGUGCCCUUGCCAAAUAUUUGAAGGAUGAAUCUGCCAGGUCAUCUGAGUCACAGUCGCAACCGACAAUGCUUAUAGAGUCUCAAAGUCUUGGAAACAGAGAUGAUCAGUUUGUCUGGCCCUGGAUGGGUGUUCUAGUUAAUGUUCCUACUGAGUGGAAGAAUGGACGCCAAGUUGGCCAGAGUGGAAAUCGGCUGAAGGAGCAACUUUCACGCUUCUGCCCACAAAAGGUUAUUCCUUUGUGGAAUUAUAGAGGUCACACAGGCAAUGCUAUUGUUGAAUUUGCCAAAGACUGGAGUGGCUUCAAAAAUGCACUCGCCUUUGAAAAUCAUUUCGAGGCAGAGGGUUAUGGCAAAAGGGACUGGAAGCUGAAGAAGUACCGAGGCUCAGAAAUGUUUGGAUGGGUUGCAAGGGCUGAUGAUCAUAGAUGUCAAGGGCCUAUAGGAGAUCAUUUGCGAAAAAAUGGUGAUCUGAAAACUGUAGGCGAUCUUGAAAAUGAAGGGACCCGUAAAACUGAUAAGCUUGUCGCUAAUUUAGCAAGCCAGAUUGAAGUAAAGAACAGGCAUGUGCAAGAACUUGAAUCUAAGUGUAAUGAGACAACCGCAUCGCUUGACAGGAUGAUGGAUCAAAGAGAGCAGCUCCUCCAGAAUUACAAUGAAGAAAUUCGCAAGAUGCAGCAACUUGCCCGUAGGCAUUCACUUAAGAUCAUUGAUGACAAUCAAAAGCUCCGUUCCGAGUUGGAGUCCAAGAUGCAGGAACUUGACUCGAGAUCCAAGGAGCUUGAUGAGCUAGCUUCGCAAAGUGAUUACGACAGAAGGAACCUUCAGCAAGAGAAGGAAAAGAACGAAAUGAAAACUAAGCAUCUUAAGAUGGCAACAAUGGAGCAGCAGAAGACCGAUGAGAACGUGCUUAAGCUUGUGGAAGAACACAAGAGGGAGAAACAGGUUGCUCUACAAAAAAUCCUCAAGUUACAACAACAACUGGAUGCCAAACAGAAGCUUGAGCUAGAAAUACAACAGCUCCAGGGAAAAUUGGAAGUUAUGAAGCAUAUGCCUGGUGAGGAAGAUUCCGAAUCAAAGAAGAAGAUAAGAGAACUCACUGAGGAGCUACAGGAUAAGUACAAUGAAAUGGAGGAUAUGGAGUCACUGAACCAGACUCUGCUUAUCAAGGAAAGAAAGAGCAACGAUGAGUUGCAAAAUGCUCGGAAGGAGCUGAUAGCUGGCUUUCAGGAGCUUUCUGUUGGCCGAUCAAAUAUAGGUAUCAAGAGAAUGGGUGAACUUGAUCUGAAAGCAUUCGGAAUUGCUUGCGGGAAAAAGUCAUCGAAAGAGGAUGCAGAAGUCAAAUAUGCUAUGCUUUGUUCAAAAUGGGAAGAGGAAAUUAGAAACCCAAACUGGCACCCUUUCCGGGUUAAAGUGGUUGAUGGAAAAGAAAUGGAAGUUCUUUCAGAGGAGGAUGAGAACCUUUGGAAGCUGAAAGAAGAGCAUGGCGAAGAAAUAUAUGCGCUGGUCACAAAGGCAUUGGUUGAGAUCAACGAGUACAAUCCCAGUGGCCGCUACCCCGUACCAGAGCUGUGGAACUACAAGGAGGACAGGAAAGCAACCCUGAAGGAAGCCGUCCAGCAUGUCAUGAAGCAGUGGAGGACUCACAAGAGAAAGCGUUGAUCCAUUUGGGUUCAUCUGCCUACGCUCGCCUGAGCUGGGGCACCUGAACUAGGCAUGGAGUCAUUUAAAUUUAGCCUUAGUUCGUCAGUUGAAAUCAAACUCCUAAUGAUGAUUAGCGUUAAGUUACUGGGUUUCCGUCUGGACUUCCCUAAUGUAGCGUUGACAUGAAUGCUGCUAUAUUUUCAGAACGUGAACAACAUCAUGGAUCCGCUGUCCAACUGCCGACGCAGAGGCAUGUAAGAGCUUGCUGUUCAUGCAUCUUAGAUGUCAUGGGCAGUGCUUGGCCGGCAUGUCCCUGCAGCACUCUUGAACGGCAAAAGUUUAUAUCAGGAGUUAAUUAA